AGGAUUUUGUGUCACAUUUGAUACAUAAUUAGCUGGUAGCUGCUUUGAUAUAUUUGGUUGUAUUAACUGAUUUGACAGGUUAGUUACAUUACAUAUUUUGACUAACACUUACAUUAAUAAUAUAACUUAUUUUUGUAAAAAAAUUCGAGUAUUUAGACAGCUCUUACCAAAUGCCAGGUUGUGCAAUUUACAAAUUAUAUUUGGCAUGUGGGAUUAAGAAGGUGGGAAUGGAAAUAUAUUUACCAACAUGACUAAGGGGUCGUUUGAUUUGCAUGGGGUAACGGAAUGGAAUGAACAAAGGGAAUGAAAUGGAAUGGAAUGGAAUGAAAAUCCCUCAAAUGUAGUAUGUUGUUUGGUGUAAUAAAAACAAUGGAAUCACCAGAUUCACCACCACCACUAAACCACCACCACCACACCCACGCAACCAGAUUUCCGGUGGAUUUCGGUGAGAGGAGGGGUGACCAUAGAUUCCGAAUCUCGGCCUGCGAUUUCGACGGAGCUUAGCCUACAAAUUCGCCGGAUCUUGGCCUUCGAAAACUACCGAUUUCUUCCACCCAAAACUGUCGGACCUUGGCCUUCGGUGAGAGGAGGGGCGACGAAAGGAGAGGCGACCAUAGAUUCCGGAUCUUGGCCUGCGAAUUUUGACGGAGCUUGGCCUGCAAAUUCGAUCACCGGAUCUUGGCCUUCGAAAACUACCGGUAUCGCCCGUGGUUGUCGGCCUUUCGCUGAGGUUUCGCGGUCAGUUUUCGCUGGCGGUGGUUCGGUGAGGGGUGGCGAGUUCCAACAUGGAAAAGGUAUGGUGGGUAUGUUGGUGGCUGGGAAAGGGAAUAGAAAAGGUAAGGGGGGUGGGGAAUGGGAGCAAAAGGUUUUUGGGUAAUCAAAGGGGAAAAGGAAUGAUUGAAAUGGAAAAAAAAACAACAACAAAGGGAAUGAUUCCCAUGGAAUCCCAUUCCCUUUGAUUAUUACUGCGAACCAAACGGCCCCUAAUUCCCUUGUUUGUUUAAAGGGAAUGGAAAAUAAACUUUCACUCAAUUCCCACAUUUUUAUUACCUAGGGGGAGCUGGAAUUGGGGAAGGGAAUUGAAAGGGUAAGAAAUGACUAAAUUGCCAUUAAUGAGAAAGGUGAAAAGGAAGGGGAAAGAUAUGAGUAAGGGCAUUGAUGUAAUUUCUUAAUAGCUAUCAACAUAUUCCUAUCAACUAUCAAACUAUGAAUUUUUAUUCCCUUUCAUUAAUUCCCAACAACAAAUUCCCACUAUAAUUCCCCAAAUUUCCAUUCCCACACGCCAAACCCCCUGUGAGUAGUUUAUUAAAACUCCAAUAAACUAUUUAAAUCAUCUAGUUCAAACACCAAAAAAUUGUUUACUCUAUAAUUUUGUGAUUAAAUCUUCUAAUCGCAUCUAAAAAACUAAAAUCUCAUCAAUUACGAAGUAUCUUCUUAUCAAAUAUUACUCUGUAUAUUUGUUUCAAAUUAUUUGCAAACAAUUAGAUGGUUUUUACUCAUAUCUUAUGUCAAAUCGUUGUAAAUAAACAUAUGCGUACCUCGAUUUCGCUUCCCAAUAUGGGAAGAUCACGCAUCCCUAUGAACACUUAUUAAUUGAAUUCUCUAAUGAUAGAAGAGAAGCAAGUACGGAGUAAACAAUCAAUCAAACAAUCGGAAAAAAUUUCACCUUCAAAAGCACUAGUACGCAACCUAACAGUACUACAGUAGUAGGAGUUGCUAGAAUGGAGGCAAUAGCUACAGUUACAGCGUUUCAUCCUCCCUUUAGCGGUUUACCAUCGAAACCCACCUCCAUUUCCACCAAACUCAUGUAUUACUCUCUCCAUAAUUCUAUGCGUUUUCGUCACUUUAAACCCCUGAAACAGUUUUCUGUUUGUGCUUCUGAAAAGCAGCAGUUUCAGGAGGCUACUCCAAAUUCAACCCAAAUACCAGAUCGUAAAGCGGAGGAGUUAUCGAAAGGGAUUUAUGAUCGUUCAAAAGAAAUUGAUUUGGGCUGGUUGCCUGCACUGCCCCAUGUUUUGGCAGCAUCCAUGGCUAAUUUUCUCUUUGGCUAUCAUAUUGGAGUCAUGAAUGGCCCUAUUGCAUCAGUGGCACGAGAACUUGGUUUUGAGGGGAACUCUAUAAUAGAGGGCCUUGUAGUGAGCAUAUUUAUUGUUGGUGCCUUCAUUGGGAGUCUUAUUUCAGGAGCCUUGGUUGACAAAUUUGGCUGUCGGCGCACACUUCAAAUUGACUCUAUCCCAUUAAUUAUUGGUGCUAUUUUGAGUGCACAAGCACACUCUGUUAAUGAAGUACUUUUGGGAAGAUUUCUUGUGGGCCUUGGUAUUGGGGUGAACACAGUUCUUGUACCAAUUUACAUAUCAGAGGUAGCACCGACAAAAUAUAGGGGAUCUUUGGGAUCAUUGUGCCAGAUAGGUACUUGUCUUGGGAUCAUAGCCUCUUUGUUAAUUGCGAUUCCAGCAGAAAAUGAUCCACAUUGGUGGAGGAUAUUGCUAUACAUUGCGAGCAUCCCUGGGUUUCUUCUUAUGAUUGGUAUGCAGUUUGCAGUGGACAGCCCUCGAUGGCUAUGUAAAACAGGGAGACUUGACGAUGCUAAAUCUAUUCUUUGUAACCUUUGGGGCCCUUCAGAAGUUGAUAGUGCUAUAGAAGAGUUUCAGUUAUUAUUUAAUGGAACUGAGGGAGAUACCAACUCGAAAUGGUUGGAACUCUUCAAGGAGCCAAACUAUAAAGUAGCACUUGUAGGAGGUUUUCUUUUUCUACUGCAACAAUUUGCAGGGAUAAAUGGUGUCCUUUAUUUUUCAUCUUUGACCUUUCAAGAUGUUGGGAUUACAAGUGCUGCUUUAGCAAGCCUGUAUGUCGGGCUCACCAACUUUGCAGGGGCUCUUUCUGCAUUGUACUUGAUUGAUAAGCAAGGAAGGAGAAGACUUCUCGUUGGAAGUUAUUUGGGAAUGGUGAGGUUUUUUAAUGGUAAUGGGUGCCUACAGGCAGAGAGUGAAUUACACUGCUAUGUGAGACUUCGCAGGAUCAAGGAGGAUUGUGUAGAGAAAUAUGGAGGAAGCUAUAUCGAUGUUUCUUGCAGCAUAUGCCAUCAGCUUGCCAGAUGAAGAUGUCAGUCACAACUUAUCAAUCCUGGGUACAUUAGGGUAUGCUUUUUGAUAACUCAAAUUUGCAACUUUCUUUUGUUGAGGAUUGAUGGCGUCCGCUGAGCUGUUCCAAGCCUAUAAUCUUCUUAUAUGUGCUUGAACCUUUCAUGACCUGUAUGGUACAAGGUAAUAAUUAAAGGGAUGGUAAUGUGUAUGUAUAUUGUAUUAUGUCCCAUGUGAAUACUCAAGUCUAUUCGGUCAAUGGUUUCUGGAAAGACCAAGUUUAUCCCAAUUUUGUUGUAAAUAAACUUUAGUUUAGUGAACUGGAAUGGGGCGACUGUGUGCCCCAAAAAUUGUACUGUAAUCCUAAUUGCUGCUUUGAACGCUGGGCUAGGCUGGUUCUGCCAUAUGAUAGUACAUGGCCCAGCUUGAAUUAAGCAUCUGGGCUAGACUGACACAUUGGUGUGGUUAUGAAAGUUAAUCAA